ACAGCAGCAUCGCUCCAGCACGGCCGGCACCAUGUGGACCUACCUGAUCGUGACUGCGCUGACCGUCCAGCUGACGCUCGGCCAGCAAGUGCACAGAUAUAUUCGCAUCCCAGUUGCGCCAGAGCACAAGAACGAGUGCUACGAUCCAGCGGUGGACAAUUUUUACAACAUCGGCGAGGAAUGGGGUCCCAAAAACGCAAACUGCAAAAUGAGCAAGUGUGUCAAGGAGAAGGGCACCCUCUUCAUAGACCGCAUCGCAUGUAACGACGUCCGCAAAUUGGUGGACUUCAAGGACAUGCACGCGCGUCACCUGUUCUGCCGGAUCGCGGUCGGAGACAGGCGCAAGGCGUUCCCCGGCUGCUGCCAGCAGUUGGUCUGCGCCAGGCACGAGAAUGGCAAGAGAACACGCGUGAGUGCGAAUGAAUUGCCCUUAUUGCCCAGCCAGGAGACGUUUGAGUACCUGUAAGCGCUCUGUUAGCUGCCCGGGACCUUAGUCAUCCGCGAGAGCUUAUCUUUGCCCCGCCAAUAUCAGUCCCUGCCGCCUUAAGUCACACCUGGCCGAUCGAGGUCUCUGUUUGCCCGGAUGGCACAUCUUCCGCCUUUUCCGGACUUGACGGAUGUAAGGCGUGGGUUAGAUGUAGCGGUGGUGCGAUGUAACACUGUCGCCAAUAUGGGGCUGGCUU